AUCUCAUCACGACUCACGACUCACGACUCACAAUCCUCCUCUUUCUCUUGGCUCAGAUUCUCUGCACACACUUACUCUCUCCCGCUUUUUUCUUCCUCGGUUCUUCUUGUCAAAUUAUCAUCGACUUGUCCGUUCUACCGCAAUGGUGGUUUAUUCUUUCUAUAUCUUUGACCGGCACGCGGAAUGCAUAUACAAACGACGCUGGCUGCCUCGUCCAGUCUCUACUUCAGGCAGCAAAUCUUCGCGACCUACCUCGGAAGCUUCUGCGCCAGCCACCAGCGCUCCUGUGCUUCUUGGCCAGUCCGCGCGGACAACCGAUGACGAUGCGAAAUUGAUCUUUGGUACUGUGUUUUCGCUCCGCAAUAUGGUGCGCAAAUUGGGAGGAGAGGACGACAACUUCGUCACGUACAAGACGAGCCAAUAUAAACUGCACUACUACGAGACGCCAACCAACAUCAAAUUCGUCAUGCUCACGGAUAUCAAGAGUCCAAGUAUGCGCGUUGCAUUGCAGCAAAUCUACAUCAAUCUCUACGUCGAAUACGUGGUCAAGAACCCGUUGUCUCCUGUCGAGCAUCCAGGGGGUGUGGGCGUCAAUAAUGAGCUAUUUGAAGAGUCUCUAGAACAGUUUGUGACACGAGUCUUGUCGUGAAUCGGUCAUCCAUGCCCUUCAAGUUCGGAAUCAUACGUCAUUCGGAAAUGAAACUCAGACUGGCUUCACACAAUCAACCUGCCAACAGCUGCAUCGGCAGGUAAAUUCUGCGCGGCAGCAGAUUCCCACCAUUCCAAAAUAUCACGCUCCACAAUAGCUUGAUAGCCGUAACACACGCUACACACACGCUACGCGAAGUGUUGGAAACAGAGGCUAGACUUUGGUGCUUAUAAUGUGCAGCAUGGCACGAUUCAUACAUACAUCGUCUGCGAUAUGUCAAGACUCGUUGAGAUCCUUCCUACUUGAGAUCAGGGCACUUUCACCUUUCAUGGCUACGGCCAGAACUAACUCAGUCAAUAUCAAGUGGCCCGGAAUGCUACCAAUAUUCCUGCACUUCAUGGUAACGAUAUCCUGCCGCAGAAUUGGCUAGGCAGAUCCUCCACAUUCAAUUCGUGUACAGUACAUAAUUACAUAUCAACAUAAGAGCAAUUCAUCACUG